GGUAUAGCAAUUAGUAGCAAUUUGAGUGGUUUUAAAUAGAGGAAAUUGAAUGGCGUGGUGGAAAGUGCAACUUACAUUCAUUCAUUGAAUUUUCUCUUGUGCUGCUGGUAAGUGCCAGAGCUCAAAAUGGUGUCGUUUUUGUCUCUCCCUGCCGUUUCCGCUCGUCCCAUUCCCACCGCUUUCUCUCUCAGAAAGCCUCUCAUUCCAACUCCACCCACUUUCCAUUUCAAAAAUCACCGGUUUGCAGUUAACUGCAGUUUUGCAGAAGCAGGUGUCAGCCCGAAUUCUAAAUCCAACACCAUAGAUGUUGUGGCUAAUAUUAAAAGUGAAAGGAUUGUAGUCUUAGGAGGGAAUGGCUUUGUUGGUUCUGCCAUAUGCAAGGCAGCAGUCUCCAGGGGCAUAGAAGUCAUAAGCCUAAGCAGGUCUGGACGACCUACUAACUCAGAUGCAUGGGUAGAUCAAGUUAAUUGGAUUUCAGGAGAUGUUUUUUAUGUAAACUGGGAUGAAGUACUUGUUGGAGCUACUGCAGUGGUUUCAACACUUGGAGGUUUUGGUAGUGAUGAACAGAUGAAACGAAUUAAUGGCGAAGCAAAUGUUGUGGCUGUGAACGAGGCAAAGGAUUAUGGAAUUCCCAAAUUCAUUUUAAUCUCAGUUCAUGAUUAUAACCUACCAUCAUUUUUACUAUCAUCUGGGUACUUUACGGGAAAGAGGAAAGCAGAAUCUGAGGUUCUUGCUAAAUACCCCAAUUCAGGUAUUGUAUUAAGACCUGGAUUCAUAUAUGGGAAGAGGAGAGUGGAUCGUUUUGUGGUUCCUUUGGAUUUGGUGGGGGAGCCAGCAGAAAGAAUUCUAAGGGCAGUUGAGAACAUCACCAAACCUUUAAGCUCACUUCCUGCAUCUGAUCUACUAUUGGCUCCACCUGUUAGUGUUGAUGAUGUUGCGUUGGCAGUUAUCAAUGGUGUCACAGAUGAUGACUUCUUUGGUAUUUUCACAAUUGACCAGAUCAAGGAAGCUGCCAAUAAAGUAAGGGUAUGAUCCACACAUAAAAGCUGCAAUAGAAUAAUUGUACAGGGAGUAAGAGUAAAUACAAUGAGGCCAUUUUCCCCGUUAGUUAACAGCGGCAGCUUUUGGAGCAAAAUCUGUAAGGCAGCAGUGUGUGGGGAGAAUGGUGGUUUAAAAACAUUUUAAAUGAAAUAAACAGAGGUUCGUAUCUUUUUUCGUUAUUAUGUGUUAUUAGUUUGUGAUUGGACCA